CUAACUAAUUUGGACUGUUCGUCUUUGGAGUACCUCCUCGACGCGGGACUCUCCAAACCCCGACUUUCCAAAUCCACCCCCCCUCUCUUGAUUACCAGCCGCAACCCAUUGUUCCCCACCCACCCCCGAAAAAAAAUAACCACACCCACCAACCAUCGCCAUGGCGAAGAAGCAGAUGACCGAGGACGAGAAGUUCCUCUUCCUGGACAAGGAUUUCAUCAACAGCCCCGUGGCGCAGGCCGACUGGGCGGCCAAGAAGCUGGUGUGGGUGCCCUCGGACAAGAAUGGCUUCGAGGCUGCCAGUGUCAAGGAGGAGCACGGAGAGGAGGUGCUGGUGGAGCUGGCCGACAACAGCAAGAAGAUCACCGUGGCCAAGGACGACCUGCAGAAGAUGAACCCGCCCAAGUUCAGCAAGGUGGAGGACAUGGCCGAGCUCACGCACCUCAACGAGGCCUCGGUGCUGCACAACCUGCGGGAAAGAUACUUCUCCGGACUCAUCUACACCUACUCAGGUCUCUUCUGCGUGGUGGUGAACCCGUACAAAAUGCUGCCCAUCUACUCAGAGAAGAUCAUCGAGAUGUACAAAGGAAAGAAGCGCCACGAGGUCCCCCCACACAUCUACUCCAUCACUGACAACGCCUACAGGAACAUGAUGCAGAAUCGCGAAGACCAGUCUAUUCUUUGCACAGGAGAGUCUGGAGCAGGGAAGACUGAGAACACCAAGAAGGUCAUCUCUUACCUUGCUGUGGUGGCCUCCUCCCACAAAGGCAAAAAAGACACUCAGCAAAAGGAUUCUGGAUUGUCCUUUGGGGAGCUGGAGAAGCAGCUUCUGCAGGCUAACCCCAUCCUGGAGGCCUUCGGUAACGCCAAGACCAUCAAGAACGACAACUCCUCCAGAUUUGGUAAAUUCAUCCGCAUCAACUUUGAUGUGACAGGCUACAUCGUCGGUGCCAACAUUGAGACCUACCUUCUGGAAAAGUCUCGCUGUAUCAGGCAGGCGAAAACAGAGAGAGCCUUCCACAUCUUCUACUACAUGGUGGCCGGGGCAAAGGACAAGCUGAGAGAGGACUUGCUGCUUGAGCCGUGGAACAAGUACAACUUCCUCCUGGAGGGCCACGUGCAGAUCCCCGGCAACGAGGACGACGACAUGUACGUGGAGACCAUGGAGGCCAUGGAGAUCAUGGGCUUCUCAGAGGAGGAGAGGAUAGAUGUCCUCAAGGUGGUCUCAUCUGUACUGCAGCUGGGGAACAUUGAGUUCAAGAAGGAGAGGAACCAGGAGCAGGCCACCAUGCCAGACAACACAGCUGCCCAGAAGCUGUGCCAUCUUCAGGGCAUCAACGUGAUCGACUUCACCAAGGCCAUCCUGACUCCCCGUAUUAAAGUGGGCCGCGAGGUGGUGCAGAAGGCCCAGACCAAAGAGCAGGCCGACUUCGCCGUGGAGGCCCUGGCCAAGGCCAUGUACGAACGUCUCUUCCUCCGCAUCCUGUCCCGCGUCAACAAGGCCCUGGACAAAACCAAACGACAGGGGGCUUCUUUCCUGGGGAUCUUGGACAUCGCUGGGUUUGAGAUCUUUGAGGAUAAUUCCUUUGAGCAGCUCUGCAUCAACUACACCAACGAGAGGCUGCAGCAGCUGUUCAACCACACCAUGUUCAUCCUGGAGCAGGAGGAGUACCAGAGGGAGGGCAUCGAGUGGAACUUCAUCGACUUCGGCCUGGACCUGCAGCCUUGCAUUGAACUCAUCGAAAAAACGAACAACCCUCCUGGCAUCUUGGCCCUGCUGGACGAGGAGUGCUGGUUCCCCAAGGCCACAGACGUCUCCUUUGUGGAGAAGCUGGUCAACACACACAGCCAGCAACCCAAGUUCUCCAAACCCAAGCAGCUGAAGGACAAGACAGAGUUCUCUGUACACCACUACGCUGGAAGGGUGGACUACAAUGCCAGAGCGUGGCUGACUAAGAACAUGGAUCCUCUGAAUGACAACGUCACCGCACUGCUCACCGCCUCCUCAAACAACUUCAUGGCAGAUCUGUGGAGAGACGCUGACAGAGUGGUGGGUCUGGACACCAUGGCCAAGAUGAGCGACACCUCUGGGCCCGGCGCCUCUAAGACCAAGAAGGGCAUGUUCCGCACAGUGGGCCAGCUCUACAAGGAGUCCCUGGCCAAGCUCAUGACCACGCUCCACAACACACAGCCCAACUUCGUCCGCUGCAUCAUUCCCAACCACGAGAAGAGGGCAGGAAAGCUGGAUGCUAACCUGGUGCUGGAACAGCUGAGGUGUAACGGUGUGCUGGAGGGCAUCCGUAUCUGCAGACAGGGCUUCCCCAACAGAAUCGUCUUCCAGGAGUUCAGACAGAGAUAUGAAAUUUUGGCUGCCGGCACUAUCCCCAAAGGCUUCAUGGACGGAAAACAAGCUGUUUGUCUCAUGAUGAAGUGUCUGGACCUGGACACCAACCUGUACCGUAUCGGCCAGAGUAAGAUCUUCUUCAGGACGGGAGUGCUGGCCCAGCUGGAGGAGGAGAGAGACAUGAAGAUUACCGUCGUCAUCAUUGCCUUCCAGUCCCAGGCACGAGGAUUCCUGGCCAGAAAGGCCUUCGCCAAGCUACAGCAGCAGCUGACCGCCAUGAAGGUCAUCCAGAGGAACUGUGCCGCCUACCUCAAACUCAGGAACUGGCAGUGGUGGAGACUGUUCACAAAGGUCAAGCCUCUGCUCCAGGUGACCAGGCAGGAGGAGGAGAUGACUCUGAAGGAAGAGGAGCUGAAGAAAAUCAAAGAGAACUCUGUAAAGUUCGAGACAGAGCUCAAGGACAUCUCCUUAAAGCACACUCAGGUGUUGGAGGAGAGGAACCAGCUGCAGGAGCAGCUGCAGGCUGAGACGGAGCUGUACGCGGAGGCGGAGGAGAUGCGCGUGCGGCUGGCCACCAAGAAGCAGGAGCUGGAGGAGAUCCUGCACGAGAUGGAGAACCGGCUGGAGGAGGAGGAGGACCGCUCCAUCAUGCUGCAGGAGGAGAAGAAGAAGAUGCAGAUGCAAGUCCAGGAGCUGGAAGAGCACCUCGAGGAGGAGGAGGAUGCUCGUCAGAAGCUGCAGCUGGAGAAGGUGACCUGUGAGGGCAAGAUCAAGAAGCUGGAGGACGACAUCCUCGUCAUGGACGACCAGAACAACAAGCUGCAGAAGGAAAAGAAACAGAUGGAGGAGAGAAUGGCCGACCUGAGCUCCAAUCUCACUGAGGAAGAGGAGAAGUCCAAGAACCUCACCAAGCUGAAGAACAAACAUGAAUCAAUGAUCUCUGAACUUGAGGUGCGCCUGAAGAAAGAGGAGAAGAGCCGUCAGGAGCUGGACAAGGCCAAGAGGAAGCUGGAGGCCGAGGGCAACGACAUGUCCGAGCAGAUCGCAGAACUCCAGGCCCAAAUCGCCGACCUGAAAGCACAACUCGCAAAGAAGGAAGAGGAGCUUCAGAACGCUUUGGCCAGGCUGGAGGAGGAGACGGCGCAGAAGAACAACGCCCAGAAGAAGAUCCGCGAGCUGGAGGGCCACAUCUCCGACCUGCAGGACGACCUGGACUCGGAGCGCGCCGCCCGCAACAAGGCCGAGAAGAUGAAGAGGGACCUGGGCGAGGAGCUGGAGGCCCUCAAGUCAGAGCUGGAGGACACGCUGGACACCACCGCCACACAGCAGGAGCUCAGGGCGAAGCGUGAGCAGGAGGUGACGGUGCUGAAGAGGGCGAUGGAGGAGGAGAGCCGCAACCACGAGGCCCAGGUGCAGGAGAUGAGGACCAAGCACACGCAGGCCGUGGAGGAGCUCACCGAGCAGGUGGAGGCCUCCAAGAGGGUGAGGGUGAACCUGGAGAAGGCCAAGCAGGCGCUGGAGAAGGAGACGUCGGAGCUGCACAUCGAGAUCCGCUCCAUCAGCAACGCCAAGCAGGACGUAGAGCACAAGAGGAAGAAGCUGGAGGGACAGCUCGGGGACCUGCAGGGCCGCUUCAACGAGGGAGAGAGGCAGAAGGCCGAGCUCAACGACCGCGUCUGUAAAGUCACCAUCGAGUUGGAGAGUGUCACCAACCUCUUGAACGAAGCAGAGGGCAAGAACAUCAAGCUGAACAAGGACGUGGCUAUCUUGACCACUCAGUUCCAUGACACACAGGAGCUGCUUGCUGAGGAGACGAGGCAGAAGUUGCAGUUCUCCACCAAGCUGAGGCAGAGUGAGGAUGACCGCAACAGCCUCCAGGAGCAGCUGGAGGAGGAGUCGGAGGCCAAGAGGAACGUGGAGAGACACGUCAGCAUGCUCAACAUCCAGUUGUCAGACUUCAAGAAGAAGCUGGAGGACAUGUCGGGCAACGUGGAGAUGCUGGAGGAGAACAAGAAGAAGCUGCAGCGCGACCUGGAGGCCUCCAACACCCAGUUCGAGGAGAAGGCGGCGGCCUUCGACAAGCUGGAGAAGAGCAAGACCCGGCUGCAGCAGGAGCUGGAGGACGUGCUCAUGGACCUGGACUCUCAGCGCGGCGUUGUCUCCAACCUGGAGAAGAAGCAGAAGAAGUUCGACCAGAUGCUGGCUGAGGAGAAGAGCAUCUCCAGCAAGUAUGCUGACGAGCGGGACCGGGCCGAGGCGGAGGCCCGCGAGAAGGAGACCAAGGCGCUGUCUCUGGCCCGCGCCCUGGAGGAGGCACAGGACUCCCGCGAGGAGCUGGAGAGGGUCAACAAGUCCCUGAAGGCCGAGAUGGAGGACCUGAUGAGCUCUAAGGACGACGUUGGCAAGAGCGUGCACGAGCUGGAGAAGGGGAAGCGUGGCCUGGAGGCCCAGGUGGAGGAGAUGAAGACUCAGUUGGAGGAGCUGGAGGACGAGCUGCAGGCGGCCGAGGACGCCAAGCUGCGCCUGGAGGUCAACAUGCAGGCCAUGAAGGCCCAGUUCGAGAGGGACCUGCUGGGCAGAGACGAGCAGGGAGAGGACAAGAAGAGGCAACUGGUGAAGCAGGUGCGUGAGAUGGAGACGGAGCUGGAAGACGAGAGGAAGCAGAGAGCCAGCAUGGCCGCCGCCAAGAAGAAGAUGGAGGGAGACCUGAAGGACCUGGAGGACCAGAUCGAGACCUCCAACAAGGGCCGAGACGAGGCCAUCAAGCAGCUACGCAAAAUCCAGGCCCAGAUGAAGGACUACCAGAGGGAGCUGGACGAUGCUCGCUCGGCCCGGGAGGAGGUGCUGACCACCGCUAAGGAGAGCGAGAGGAAGGCUAAGAGCCUGGAGGCAGAACUCAUGCAGCUGCAGGAGGACCUGGCUGCUGCAGAGAGAGGAAAGAAACAAGCAGAGUCUGAGAGAGAUGAACUUGCUGAUGAGCUGACCAGCAACUCUUCUGGAAAGUCAGCCCUUAUCGAUGACAAGCGUAGACUGGAGGCCAAGAUCUCCCAGUUGGAGGAGGAGCUGGAGGAGGAGCAGAGCAACAUGGAGAUGGUCAACGACCGCCUCAGAAAGAGCACACAGCAGGUCGACCAACUGAACAACGAGCUCCAGUCGGAGCGCUCCACGUCCCAGAAGAACGAGAGCGCGCGCCAGCAGAUGGAGAGGCAGAACAAAGACCUGAAGGCCAAGCUGCAGGAGAUGGAGAACCAGGUCAAGAGCAAGUUCAAGUCCUCCAUCACCGCCCUGGAGGCCAAGGUGGCACAGCUGGAGGAGGCGCUCGAGCAGGAGAACAGGGAUAAGCAGAACACUGCCAAGGCUCUGCGCCAGAAGGACAAGAAGAUGAAGGAUCUGAUCAUCCAGGUGGAGGAUGAGAGGAAACAAGCCGAGCAGUACAAAGACCAGUCGGACAAGGCCACCUCGCGGAUGAAGCAGCUGAAGCGUCAGCUGGAGGAGUCGGAGGAGGAGUCCCAGCGCAUCACGGCCGCCCGCAGGAAGCUACAGAGGGAGCUGGAGGAGGCCACCGAGGCCAAUGAUGCCAUGACCCGCGAGGUCAACUCCCUCAAGACCAAACUCAGACGGGGUAAUGACACGCCCUCCUUCAGCAGCACGCCCAGCAGGCGCACCGGAGGGGGCGGGUCCAGCAGCAGGAGGGCGGUGAUUGACAGCAGCGACGCCAUGGAGGACGACGUGGGCAUGGGCGGAGACUACAACGGCACCAAGGGAGAGUAGAGGAGAGCAGAGGAGAGUAGAGUAGAGGGGCCCGUCACCCGCCGGUUACACCUCCUUAAUGCUCUCACUCCCUGCACAGUAAAAAUGCCAUAUUAAUUCAACACUUAGAGAGUAAAUUUACGAGUAUUUGGUCCCAGGGUACUCUCUAAGUGUUAAAUUAACACUGUAUUUUGUACUGUGUGGGUUCUUUACAUUAUCCUAACUCCCAUCCUCUCUUGUGCUUGUGGCCUUGUGCUCGAUGACGUCGCAACACGUCAUUGACGAUAGAAGGUUAUUUCAAUUGCUCGAAAAAUUGUAUUUCAGAUUUCAUUUUGUAAUUUGCAAUCGGGACGCUGAAUGGGGAUUAGUCCCUCAAAAGUUGUUGUGGCUAGUCUGACAACAGGGAAACUUAAUUGUUUUCUCAAGGGAGGCGGGGCGAAGCAUGAGGCCACAAGCACAAGUCUAGGACAGGAGUUAGGAUA